GUGUUCCAGGCAGCAAGUCCAGAGAAGGCAGUAAGACCGUUGGUAAACCUCAGUUGUGUCCAAUUAGAAUCGGGAAAAUCCACAGAUAAUCAACAACAACAAGAUAUUCAAAAUGAGUGACCAGAAGAUGAAAAAGCCGAUGACAGCCUCAGAUUAUAUCAAAAACCAACCACAUCUCCAAGGAAGGACUUUAACUCCAAACCCUUACUCAGCAUUAGCUGAAUAUCCUCCUCUAUCUUAUUCAAAAGCAGUCUCUGAAAAGUCAUCAAAGAUGGAAGCACAAUCAUCUACAGCAACCCCAAACACAACCUCAAACACUACUCCAAACACUAAACCAGUCUACUACACCAAACCUUAUAAGCAACACCUUAUGACGACCCCAUACACUAAACCAGUAAACCUUACCCAACUCAAAACCUUCAUCAAUCGAGUCUUCUACGAGGACAGUCCCUGGCCAACAGAUAACAUAACCAAAAACCAAUCCUUUUAUGAGUAUAUUCUAGUAGACUCUAAGUCUAUAGAAAUCACCCAUUACAAAGACAAGACGAACCCAAACCUCAUCAACUAUUCAACCUGCAAAUUCCUACGAAUUUGUUCUACCCAAGACCUUGGUUUUAUACAUCAUCAUACAACAAAACCUUUUUCUACCCCAGGCUAUCAUAUCGACGGCUACACCUAUACCGAUUACAAAAAUGCCUUUUUCCGAGCCUUUUUACUCAGACCCUAUGACCACUCUUGGUUCUUCAGUUUUGAUCAAAACUGCACAAAGACGAUACCAGGAUGGUUCAACGAAUGGUGGUAUUGGUACGGACCAGCAGAUCCGAUCUACCCCGACCAAGUACUCAAGACCUCCUACCCAUUCUACAAGAAACACGUAUUUGAUCAACCAGUUGGGCCUCUAAACAAAAUUUGGUUUCAUAUUGACAUGGGCAUCCCAUGGAUAUGUUCAUGGCAUUUUACCCUUGCUAUCGCUCUCCAAGACAUGCCUUAUUCUCUCCUCCGGGAAUUCAGAGUCAAAUGGUGGGAAAAAUAUAACCUUGACAGAUGUUCCCUUGCAGGUAUCCAAAAAUAUUUCCAAAUUACAAAUCAAGCCAAAACAGCAAUCCAAACUAUAUCCAAAUCUAUACCUCUUCUCAACCCAACCCAAAUAUCCCAAACAAAUCCAAGUCCACAAAAAAGACCAACAUCAAGUCCAACAAGUUCAACAACCUCUUCCUCUUCCCAGAAAUCAUCAAGAAAGGAAAAAAUGAAGAAACUUAUCGCCGAAAUGCUGACGCAAUUUGAGGCGGAACAUGAUGAUACAGACGAUGACAACCAACAAGUUGACAUUAUGCAACCUGAAGAUCCUUACGGCGGCCCGUUAGGCCAAGAUCCGUAUGAUAUAUAAAAAAAAAAAAAAAAAAAAAAUAAUAUAUAUAUAUAUAUAUAUAUAUUUUCGAUUAAAAAAAAAAAAAAAAAAAAAAAGAAAACCUAAAAGUAUGUCUAUAUUUACAAUUUCGGUUUUAAGUAUAUUCUAGUAGACUCUGUACAUUAUUUCUGUAUUUUCUUCUCUGUAUUUUAUUACUACUAUCUACAAAAUAAUAUACAGAGUAUAUCUGUAUAACAAGACUCGCGGAAAAGCUAUGCAAGAAUUUCGAGAAAGAAUCCAACCGACAAUGGCGGGACCCACAUGGGACCCACACGAAGACUUCUGCACAAAACAACAACAGUUUUUGACAGCAAUUGUCGGCACCACUCAAGACUCAACACGUAUUAAAUCAAGUGUCGGCACCACUAGAAGACGACACGUUGCAAGACUUUAUUCAAGCACUCUUUGCCUAUAAAUACUUAAUUAUGUUCAAGGAAGAGGGCACGAGCAAAUUUCACUCUCAAAAAACCUUCACUCUCUAAAAGCUCUCCCUUCUCUCUGAAAUUUCCUGUGUUUUCUAAGUUUUAAGUUUGUAAUCAAAGAUUGUAUCACAACUCAAGAUAAAUAAAAGUAAGUUUUAAUCA